AUGAAUAUUCUUCCUAGUUCAUUAUCAUCGACAUCAUCAUCAGCUGCUACGGCAUUCAUUACAACCAUUGCAACAAAUAAUAAUGACACAUGCACAUCAUCUAUCGAUAAUCGAUCAUCAAUAAUGAUUAAUAGUAAAUGUUCUGUUUGUGAUGAACAAUUACAAUUAUCUCAACAACAGAAUCAUGAACAACAACAACAACAACAGGAAUUAUCAUCGAUUCCAUAUCGAAUGUUAGCUGUUCGUCCUUCGAUUGGUUCGAAAGAUCCAUUUUUUCCAAUAUUAGAAACAUUAACACAAACAUCCGCUAUAACGGUACCUUGUUGUUUACGUUGUUCAGAUUUAUUAUUAGAACAAUGGAACGAAUUUGAAUUGAAAAAUAUCCCAAUCAAAAAUCGUUUAUAUAAUGUACCAAAGAUGAAAAUUAUUAAAUCAAACUUGAUGAUUAUGGCUGAUAAUAAUAAUCAUCACCAACAACAACAACAACAAAACAUUCGAAUAAAUCAUCGAUUGUAUCGAUCGCAGGUGUAA